AUGGCAGUGAAUGUUCCUGGACUGGUGGCUGUCGUGGUUUUUUAUAUUGUCAUCCUGGUAAUUGGGAUCUGGGCAUCUCGAAAAUCCAAGAAAGUGGAGAAGACAUGUGCUGGCAACAAGAGCGAAGUUACCAUUGUCGGUGGCCGCAACAUUAAUGUCCUGGUCGGGGUUUUCACCAUGACAGCAACAUGGGUUGGUGGAGGUUACAUUAUGGGAACUGCUGAGGCUGUUUAUUCUCCCAGUCAAGGUCUCAUCUGGGCUAUGGGUCCUCCUGCAUAUCUUAUCAAUUUUCUUUUGGGAGGAUUGUUUUUUGCAAAACCAAUGAGGUCAAAGCGCUAUGUGACCAUGUUAGACCCAUUUCAGCAUCGCUAUGGCAACCUCUUCACUGCAACACUAUUGCUUCCUGCUUUGGUCAGUGAUAUUUUGUGGGUGGCCUGCAUCCUCGCUGCUCUCGGAGGAACAAUGAGCGUAAUUCUUGGACUGUCAUCUGCCCUCUCCAUCAUUAUCUCGGCAGCUGUCUCCAUCGUCUACACAUUUUUAGGGGGUCUCUACUCCGUUGCGUAUACUGAUAUCAUCCAGCUUUCCUUCAUCUUUGUCAGCCUGUUUCUCUGUAUUCCUUUUUUGGUACUCAGUCCUGCAGUUACUGACAUCUCACAAGCAGUCCACCUCAACCAAUCCAAUGUCAACGCCUGGAUAGGAGAGUUGGAGCUGGCAGAUGCAGGAAAAUGGGCUGAUGAAAUGCUUUUAUUGGCUUUGGGGGGACUGGCCUAUCAAGCUCUAUACCAGAGGAUCCUUUCUGCAGCGUCCUCUGCUCAGGCUCAGGUCACCUGUUUUGCUGCUGCCGGGACUGUUUUUAUUAUGGGAAUCCCUUCAGUUGUCAUCGGAGUGGUGGCUGCCUCUGCAGACUGGAACCAGACUGCAUAUGGUCUACCUCCUCCUUUUGAACGAGGGGAGGCAGGGAAGAUCCUGCCACUGGCUCUGCACUACCUCACACCCACCUGGUUGUCAGUGUUAGGCAUUGGUUCUGUGGCUGCAGCAGUAAUGUCCUCCAUGGACUCUGUACUGCUGUCCUCUGCAUCCAUGUUUACACAAAACAUAUACAAGACGACUUUGAGGAAGCAGGCUUCAGAGCGAGAGCUUCAGCGGGUGAUCCGUGUUAGCGUGCUGCUGGUGGGCCUGGCAGGAACGGGCCUGGCCUUUGGUGAUGACAGUGUGUUCGCCCUCUGGCUGCUGAGUGGGGACCUCCUCUACUGCAUAAUCCUCCCGCAGCUUGUCUGCGUGCUGCACUUCAGCUCUGCUAAUAGCUACGGCGCUAUUAGCGGCUUCAUAGUGGGACUGCUGAUGCGUGGGUUGAGCGGGGAGCCGGUGCUGGGGAUCCCUGCUGUCCUCCUGUACCCUGGCUGGAGGGAGGAGGACGGAGUUAUCACACAGUAUUUCCCCUACAGGACUCUGGCCAUGCUUUGCUCUGUGAUAUGUAUUGUUACGGUGUCUAAGUUGAUGGAGCUCGGCUUCUGUCACCAACUAAUUCCUCAGUCCUGGGAUUUACUAGGGGUGUUUGAAGAGAUAAAAGAGGAAGAGGGGGAGGAGGUACCUGUUCCUCAGGUGGAAAAGAACAGUAUUCUUCAUACAAAAUUCUAG